AUGGCCCAGCAUGCGCGGUGUUGUCUACCUAGCUUCGGUACCACCUCUGAUGGCCCUAAACGACCUGUUUCAAUCAGAACAAGAACAACGCCUUCGCAAAAUGCCAAGUUACUCUCCGCAUUUGAGCAUAAAUCACUAGAUUCAUUACUGAAGACCGCGUGGGGCUUGCUGCUCUACCGAUAUACUGGUUUAGAAGAUGUUUGCUUUGGCUAUCAACACUACGGUUUUGGCGAUGGCUCUUUGGGUCCCCAUUUGUCAGAUUCCGAAGGGUUGUUGGUGUGCAAGCUCACCAUUGAUGAGAGCGAUACGAUCAAUACCCUCCUGAAGAAAUUCCGGGAGAGAGGAGAUCUCGAGAAAGUUGUUGGUAUGGGUGGGGAGACCAAUGCCAAUGUCGAUGAUUAUUCGCUAUUCAACACUACCGUCAUGGUACGGGUCUGCGGUGACCGCGCAAAAGCAGGGAAUCCUGUACGACCAAUGCUCCCGACUAUUCUUCCAGAGGAGUGUGCUGCCCGUCUCCACGUCAAAGUAUUGCAGGAAGACAUCUGCAUCUUUCUUGAAUGGUGGAAUACAUUUAGCUCGGCGACACAGAUGGAAAGUGUCGCUCGCCACUUUGAAAAGUUGCUCGACCAGAUCCUCUCGGACGAGGACAUUGCGGCUAUUGACGCAGGCUGCUUCCUUGAACAUGACUGGUCCCGGAUUUGCGAGUUCAAUUCCGUAAUUCCCGAGGACUGUGAUCAGUGUAUCCACGAGGUCAUACACGAAAAAGCACGCCUUCAUCCACAGCGAGAAGCUGUAUGUGCCUGGGAUGGGAGCUUUACCUACGAAGAAUUGGACUGCCAUGCUACUAAGCUUGCGUCUCAUUUGCAAGCGCACAAUGUUGGUCCGGAGACUCGUGUCGCCCUCUGCUUUGAUAAAUCGAAAUGGAAUAUUGUGGCGAUGCUGGGUGUUUUAAAGGCCGGCGGCGCAUUUGUCCCCCUUGACCCAACUCACCCGACCUCUCGUCUGCGGUCCCUAAUCGGCUCAGUGGAGGUCAAGAUCAUCCUUUGCUCUAGAAAUAGAGAAGAGCUUUUGAGCACGGUAGCGGAGAACUUGAUACCUUUGGAUGAACAGUUCCUAGACGAGAUAUCUCCAUCACCUGCUGGAGCUGUCCAGCAAAACGAAGUGAACAGCAAUAACGCAGCCUACCUGAUCUUUACUUCUGGAUCAACUGGGCAGCCCAAAGGUACCUUGCUCGAGCAUAGGGCCUUCGUCUCGGCCGCAAUGUCCUAUGGCCAGCCAAUGGAUAUGGAUUCCGAAUGCCGGAUAUUGCAAUUCGCAGCACACACAUUCGACGCAAGUCUUUUCGAAUCGAUAUCCCCGCUGAUACAUGGAGGCUGUGUAUGUGUCCCGAGCGACAACGAGCGCCUGAACGACGUAAUCCAGGCAAUUAACAGGAUGAGAGUCAACGUUGUCUGCCUAACACCGUCAUUUGUGCGUUUCAUCAACCCAUCCAGCAUUCCCGGGGUAAAGACCAUUAUCCUGGUCGGUGAAGCAAUGUCCCGCGCAGACCUAGAAACGUGGUCCCAUAUCAAGCUUGUGAACGGUUACGGGCCCACAGAGAGUGCCGUCUGUGCUGCGAUCAAUACUGAAAUCCACAUGGCUUCUGACUGCCGCGAUAUCGGAUUGCCCACAGGUGUGCACUUUUGGAUCGUAAACCCAAAUGAUCACGAUCAGCUUGUUCCGGUGGGAAGUCCCGGUGAAUUGCUCCUUGAGGGGCCCACUCUUGCGCGGUGUUAUAUCAACAACCCGGAAAAGACGGACGAGGUCUUUAUCUAUAACCCUAAGUGGGCGCGGCAAGAUUCCCGCGGCGAUCGCAGGUUUUACAAGACGGGGGAUUUGGUAAGAUACAACUCUGAUAAAGGCUCGCUAAUUUUCAUAGGGCGAAAAGAUACGCAGAUUAAACUUCAUGGGCAGCGAAUUGAAUUGGGUGAGAUUGAAAACAAUAUCAGCACUCUUCCCAUGAUCAAGCACUGCAUAACAUUCUUCUGCAAAUCAGGAUUCGCCAAGGGGAAGAUUGUGGCCGUGAUAUCUUUACAGGGCAGAUCAUCUUCAAGUACUGAGACACUCAAGCUCUUAGAACAGCCGGAGAGGAAUUCAGCUGUCGCGGAGGCUCGGGAAAUACUGUUGAAAAGACUUCCGACUUACAUGAUUCCGUCCGUAUGGCUAUGCGCCGAAUUCCUUCCACUACUACCCUCCGGGAAAUUGAACAGAAAAGAGAUCGUAAGCUGGGCAACCAAUCAAACAGACAAUCUCCAAAGCCAAGAUGGGGAAUCCAGCAAUGACGAGCCUACACCAGCAACACAAGUCGAAGAAACGGUCGAGGACCGACUGAUCUCAAUAUGGAGUCGCGUCCUCGCUACACCACGAAGCAAGAUUAGCCUCGAAGACGGCUUUCUGGCUCUAGGUGGCGACUCCAUAGCUGCCAUAACUUGCAUGGGCUACUGCAAGAAACAGGGCAUGGGGGUUACCGUACAGGACAUCCUGCAAAGCAGAUCAAUUCUAGACCUGGCAACUCGCGUAAAAGAGAUCAGUCGGCCUAUGGAAUACCGAGAAGUGACUGAGCAACCAUUUGACCUUUCACCUGUUCAGAAACUUCAUUUCAUGAUCCGGGAUGAGGGCCAGGGUUACUUUAAUCAGGGAAUUAGGACACGAUUGAAUCAGCGGAUUAGUGUGAAGGAUAUGCGUCGCUCGAUCGAAGUGAUUGUUAAGAAGCAUUCUAUGUUGAGGUCUCGGCUUGUUGUUGAUGCUGUGACUGAAGGUCUUCAACAGCGUAUCACUGAAGAUGUGGAUUCGUCGUAUCGAUUACGCCUUCACAAUAUUGAAGAGGAGGCUCAGAUUGAUAGGGUUGUGGCCGAUAGCCAGUUGUGCAUCAACGCGGUAGAGGGGCCAGUAUUGUCUGUGGAUCUAUUCUCCUCUGGGGAUGACUAUUUCCUAUCCAUGGUUGCUCAUCAUCUGGUCGUUGACAUUGUAUCUUGGAGGAUUAUCUUGGAGGACCUCGAAGACAUCUUGCUUCAUCCCGAAGAGGAGGCCCCCAAUACCCAAUCUCUCCCGUUCUCAACAUGGUGUGGCUUGCAGGAUGAGAGGACACAUGCCCUGAGCGAAGAUUUGGGAGAUGUUACCACGCCCGAUUUCGCUUAUUGGGGAGUCGAAAACCAGGUGGUAACCUAUGGAGAUGUUACCUGCGAGACAUUUGAGCUUGACCUGGAUGAUUCUCAUUCGAUACUAAUGGGAUGCCAUAAAAGCCUAGGAACUGAACCAAUUGAUAUCCUUCUAGCGUCGCUCAUACACUCAUUUGGCCAGACAUUUAUAGACCGGCUAUUACCUGCGAUUUUCAAUGAAGGACAUGGAAGAGAAGUCUGGGAUCCUACUAUUGAUAUAUCUCGUACAGUUGGCUGGUUCACUACACUGUAUCCCAUCUCAAUCGCGGGUCAAGUGCCGGAUGACCCCGUUGGAACCGUCGUGCACGUCAAAGAUCUUCGGAGGCGCGUCUCGGAUAAUGGAAGACAGCAAUUUGCGAGUCGAAUGUCUGCUCAAAGCCAUCCUUGCCCGAUGGAGCUAACCUUCAACUACGUUGGCCAACACCGCGAUCUACAAAGACAGGAUGGCCUGUUCCAGCUCAUGAAUCAAAUGGCCGGUGAAACUGGUCAAGGCGGAGGCGCAUCUGACUUUGGACGAGAUACUCCUCGGUUUGCACUAUUCGAGAUUUCGGCUCUUGCUGUGAAUGGGAGGAUUCGCUUCAUAUUCUCUUUCAGCAAAUAUAUGAAGCAUCAAGAGACUAUCCGGACGUGGAUCGCUAGAUGUGCGGACGUGCUCAGGUCUCUGGGAAAAACACUCCAGACUAUUCCUGCGAAACCGACAUUGAGUGACUUCCCGAUUUUAUCUUUGACUUACUCGCAGCUCGAUAAUAUGCUGUUGAAGAAGCUACCGAGUAUCGGAGUAAGCUCCCCGGAACUUAUCGAGGAUAUCUACCCGUGUUCUCGUAUGCAACAGGGCAUAUUACUUGCUCGAUCUCGAGAUAGCUCGUUGUAUGCCGUUCACGACACGUACGAAGUAUUAGGCCUUGAGGGCAAGCCUGAUGCUGGUAAGCUUGUGGAGGCAUGGAAAUUCGUUAUUUCCCGCCAUGCGAUGCUACGAACUUUGUUUGUAGAGAAUCUGACCAGCCAAGAUCUAUUCUGCCAGGUGGUCUUGAAGCAAUGUGAGCCAUCUAUAGUUCAUUUGACUUGCUCAGACCAUGGCGAUGUGGUGUCGACAUUCAACAGCCAACAGCCUGCAAAUCACAACGGAUAUCAGCCACACCACCGCCUAACCGUUUGCGAGACACCAGGCGGCCGAUUGUUCUUCAGAAUAGAAAUAAGUCACGCGGCUAUGGAUGGUGUGUCAAUUGCAGUCAUCCUGAGAGACCUGCAGCUCGCGUACGACGGAAAAGCCGAUACCCAUAAGCCACUGUUCAAGAACUAUAUGCAUUAUCUGCGCAAUACUCCACAGGAAGCCAGUAUUGAGUACUGGCGCAAUUACCUGGCUGGAAUUAAGCCUUGCCUCUUCCCGGCACUUACCGACGGCAAGAAUGUUUCGCAGAAGCAGCUCAGAACUUUGCGAUUAAACUUCGAUUCUUUCCGUGAAUUGCAGUCUAUCUGUGAGAAUAAAGCUCUGACCCUAUCAACUGCUUUUACUGCCGCCUGGGGGCUCACAAUUCGCCUCUUCUGCAACUCGGAUGAUGUGUGUUUUAGUUAUAUGACUUCUCUGAGAGAUGCAAUGGUUGAGGAUAUUGAGUCGAUUGUCGGGCCUGUUAUCAACCUUCUCGCCUGUCGAAUGCAGAUAUCCAAAGAUGAGCCACUCCGGGACAUUCUGCAAAGGGUACAGAAUGACUGCAUGCAACAGCUGUCUCACAACAGCCUGUCAUUCAUCGACAUCCAGCAUGAACUCAAGCUAUCCGACACAGCACUGCUCAAUACCGGAAUAUCAUACCAGAAGAUGGCCAGGAUGGAAACUCAACCAUCUUCGAAAAUAAGUUUUUCACGAGCCUGUACCAUCCAGGAUCCUGCUGAGUAUCCGCUCUUCGUCAAUGUCGUGGCCUCGGACAAGGCUGCGGAAAUCGAGCUGAACUACUGGACGAACACAUUAUCAGAUGAACAGGCUAGUAAUGUAUCCAGUGUAUUCUUGAAAUUGCUUGAUGAUAUUGUUCGUCACCAUGGAGAUCAGGUUGACCGACUGGAAACCUUGAGCGAGUGGAAUAAGCAGCGGAUAAGGAAAUGGAAUAAACAACUUCCUGAAGAAACUGAUAUGCUUGUCCAAGAUAUCAUUCGAGAAAAUGCAGCCUCACAAGCCAACGCACCUGCUAUUGUAGCCUGGGAUGGAACUCUUACCUACACCGAACUUGAGCACCUGUCGUCGUGCCUGGCCACUUACCUCCUGCAACUUGGAGUGAGCACGGGGACUCUGGUGCCUAUCCAUUUCAACAAAUCCAUCUUGCAAGUUGUGGCUAUAUUGGCUAUUCUGAAAGCCGGCGGUGUGUGUGUUCCAAGAGACAAGACCCAACCAGGGAGUAGUCUUGACAAAUGGCUUAUUGAUAACGGUGCACACAUCGCAGUUACGUCUCUCAAUGGCGCUGAAGUGCUAGAGGGAAUGUUCCCCGUUGUCCUGGCUAUUGAUAAGUCGAUCGUUGAAGCCAUGCCAAGUUCUAGCACCAUCACCUUCAGCCAGGCACAGUCUUAUGACGAUGGCUAUGUUGUCUUCGAUGCCGAUGGGUCGGCCGUGAUUUUGGACCAACGCGCAAUCGUGUCUCGAGCAGCAUCUUUUGCGUCCGCAAUAAAUAUGGGUUCUGGAACGAGAACAUUUCAGUUUGCGCCCUACACGUCUGAUAUGUUUCUGCAGGAAUUAAUUGGUACAUUUAUGCAUAGAGGCUCCGUUUGCAUCCCCGAAAGUGGCUCCAUCAACAAACUGACACACUCGAUCAAUGCGACGGACGCGAAUUUCGCCAGCCUCACUCCGUCGGUAGCCUCUUUGCUUGAUCCGUCAGAAAUCCCGGGGAUUCAAGUGUUGGUUCUUUUUGGGGAGCCUUCAACAAGAGACGUUCGGAAACUAUGGUCAGAGAAAGUUCAGCUCCAUUCUUUCCUAGGAACACUUGAGUGCUCUUUUACCUCCAUCCAAGAAAUCAAGUCAAAUGACCUGGGUGAAUUUAUGACGAUUAAAGCCAGCGCAGGUUGCUGUUCUUGGCUGGUUGAUCCGUCCAAUUCUGCCCGCCUGGUACCCGUGGGAUGUGUUGGUGAGCUGGCCAUCGAGGGUCCCGGAAUCUCUCGCGGAUAUCUAUGUGAAGAGGGACAAAAGCAGACAGCAAAUAAUUUCAUUGAAAAUGAAAGUGGGAUUGCGACACACUCGCGCUUCCCAAGGGCCCGCCAGCAAAUGUUCAAAACGGGAUACUUGGCUCGUUACAACUCCGACGGAUCACUGGAGUACCUCGGAAAGAAAGACGGCGAGAUAAGCCAAAAGUCCCAUAUGAUUGCUCUCCAGAGUGAACUGGUUCUUGAUACAAUGGAGUUGCCGGGCUAUCGAUGCACCGUCGAAGCAAUUGAUUUGGGGGUUGAAGAAUACCCGGAGACCUGCGUUGUGCUUUUCAUUCUCUCGACAGAUGCGCAGCCAACGACGACGACGGAGAAUACGACAGUAAUUUCGCCGAAGACCAGCGAGUCACAUCAGCUUAUGACUAAACUUCAUGCUCACCUGGCAGCUUCAUUGCCUACCUACCAAACUCCCAGCCUGUACGUACCGGUGGUAGGGUUACCGUUAACCCCACUGGGAACAGUGAACCGUUCGCUACUCAAGGACGCAGUGCGAGCUCUUCCAAUUGACUCACUACUAGAGUAUGACGUGAAGAGGUUUGCGGAGUUCUGGCGCCACGAGUUAGAGAAACCGUCAGUUUCGGGGCAGCUCCUGCUGCAGCCAUUUUCUACCCAAGGUUCUCCAGCUCCAAAGAUGGUUGAUAAGAGUAUCAGGAUAUCGUGGGCCGGUGCCAUACAGAAGUCGAGGGCAAGAGAAUCAUUACUUUGUGCCUGGGCCUUGGCAAUCCACAGUUAUACUCAAUGUGAUGAUAUCAUUCUGGGCGAGUUAUUGAUGAGCACCGAAGGAAGCUCCCGAACAAUAGUGCCUCGACGAGUUCGAGUAGACAAAACGGAGAGUAUCACCGGGCUCCUUGAGCGCACAUGCUCUUCUUUGACUGGAUCUAAGCCUUUCGAGGCAGCAUCGAUUUCGUCAAUAAGUCAUUUAAACGCAGAUACUUCCCGCGCCUGCAACUUUGAAACUGUGCUCUCUAUCUCAUCAGUGGGGGCAGAUCGGCAAAAGAAGUACCUGGAGAGCCUAGAGGCAGAAGAAAAUGUACACCCCGAGCUCCUCGUGUACCCACUCGUUGUUUUCUGUACUAUCGAAGACACAGGUGUGCAGCUGGCCGCUCGCUAUGACAAUAGGGUUCUGUACCACUCUCAGGUUGAACAGGUACUGGAACUAUUUGGCGAGUGUAUAAAUGGUUUUGGACCAACUAUUGGGCUGAGGGAAAAGGUUGGCGAUCUUGCCAAACGAGGCGAAAGCCUUCAAGCCUUUAAUGACACGGUCAACUACUGGAAAGAAUACUUAGCCGAGCUUCAGCCAUGCCUAUUCCCAACGGCCAAUUUCAAAAAGGAACAAAGCAGAUUUGGUUCGGAGGCACUAAAAUUAUCGAAUGUGUCAAUGAUACAGGACGCAUGCAAAGACCUAUCGAUUACCCCGAGCUACUUCCUUCAGACUGUAUGGGCCUUGGUUCUUCGGUGCUACACUGGCAUGGACGAAGUUUGCUUUGGCUACUAUGUCACCGGCAGAAAGGCCUCUGUCGAGGUCUUACCUUGCCGACUUAAAUUGAAUGAUGAUCUCAAACUCCGAGAUGUCUUACAGAAGAGAAAAGAAGAUGUGGAGCGGACGCUGGGGUAUCAGAUGUCCCUUUUCGAAAUCCAACGGGCCAUCGGCUCGGAGAACUCUCCGAUCUUCAAUACGGCCUUAAGAUAUAGGAAGACUUCGACAGGAGUAGCAGAUUCCAGCAACAUUGUUUUUGGUCCGGCUUCAGAUGAGCUAGAUCGGUAUCUUAUCGUUGUUGACGUUAGCAUGUCUGGGUCUGCAGCCAAGAUCAACUUUGAAUACCAGACAAGCAACAUUUCGGCCAAUGAUAUCGAAAAUAUUAUCGAUUGCUUUGAAUGCACCCUUAACUCGGUCCUCACCCAUGUUGAACAAGCUCGGUCUAUUAGAGACGUGAAAUUUCUUGGAGCGCGUUCUCGCCAACAAAUGCGUGCGUGGAACGCAACCUUCCCUGAAAUGCCGAAACAGUGCGCGCAUACGGUUAUCCAGCAGCAGACACUUGCACGGCCUUCAGCACCAGCGAUCUGCUCUUGGGAUGAGAACUUCACAUAUGCACAGCUGGAUCUAUUAACGACUAAGCUUGCUCACUACUUGAUGGAUCGAGGUGUUGGCCCGGAAGUCUUUGUUGGUUUGUGUUUCGAGAAAUCAGCUUGGGCUAUCAUUGCACAAGUUGCUGUUCUAAAAGCCGGUGGUGCUUUUGCAUCCUUAGAUCCCGCGCACCCCGAAAACAGGCUGCAAGGCCUUGUUGCUGAUAUUGGUGCUCCGAUUGUGCUGUGCUCCACUCUAUAUCUGGAGAAGGUAUCCCGAGUAUGUAAGGCUGCGCUAGAUGUCAGUCAAAGUACAUUGGACCAAAUUCCAACUCCAUCAAACGUCAAGCCACCCCCGAUUUUGAGCGUAAAUAAUGCAGCCUACGCAAUCUCCACAUCUGGAACAACUGGAAAACCUAAAGUGACCGUCCUUGAACACGCUGCACUUGGGGUAGCCUCGGUGUCUUUCGCUGACAGAUUUGGGAUGGGCACAGGGACUCGUGUGAUACAAUUCUCAAGCUACACCUUUGAUGUGAGCAUAUUUGAAACGAUAAUUAUCCUCAUGACGGGCGGCUGUGUAUGCGUUCCCAGUGAUGAAGAACGUCUGAACGACUUGUCAGGCGCAAUUACGAGAAUGGGAGCGAACCUGAUAAGCUGCACUCCAUCUGUCACCAGUACACUGGACCCAAGCAAUGUUCCGACAUUGAAAACUAUUAUAAACGGAGGCGAGAAAUUAACUGAAAGUCAGAUCACCCGUUGGUCAGGCAGACGAAUGUUCAACGCAUACGGGCCUUCCGAAGCUACGGUCAUUGCCACCACAAGCCUGAAAAUAGACCAGGAUGGAAUACGGCUGGACGAUGACAGCAACUCUAUUGGUACUGCCGUGUGCGGAAGAGCUUGGAUUGUUGAUCCCCAUAAUCAUAAUCGACUCCUUCCUGUCGGGGCUGUAGGAGAACUAGUCCUGGAAGGGUACAACAUCGCUCGUGGUUAUCUCAACAAUGUCAAGAAAACGGAAGAGGUGUUCAUCACCGAGCCUCAGUGGUGUCGCACUGAAGGGAUGGGAAGUGUGUUUAGGUGCACUGGACGAAUGUAUCGGACCGGUGAUCUGGUCCGUUAUAAAUCCGACGGAAAUAUCUGCUUCAUCUCUCGCAUGGACACGCAGGUAAAGCUUAAUGGCCAGCGCAUCGAAUUGGAGGAGAUUGAACAGCAAUGUGCCACAUUAUCACCAGCUAAUACACAGGUGGCGGUCGACAUCGUGGUACCAGAAUCAAAAGCUGUCGCGAAAACACUCGCUGCUUUCUUUACUACUGAGGCACACCCAGCUCUGGAAGAGGACGUGUCCGCAAGCGUGCUACUUGGUUUAUCUGAUUCCACCCAAAAGUCAAUAAGGAAGCUUCACAGCUCUUUGAGCCAGGUUCUGCCGCAGGUUAUGAUACCUAAGCUCUAUUUCCCCGUCCGAUAUCUACCUCUGGGUACGACUGGCAAGCUUGAUCGCAAAGGACUCCGAAACAUGGUCCAGGCCCUUUCCAGAGACCAGUUGAAGCCUUACAUGAUCUCGAACUCUGGAUCUGGCCGGGAGAUAGAGCAAGCAGCAGAAUCGACACUCCGGGAUCUAUGGGCAGAGGUUCUGGAGGUUGAGCCAGGCUCCAUUAGUGCGGAGGAUAGCUUUUUCGGAUUAGGCGGCGAUUCCUUUUCCGCGAUGAAGCUAGUGGGAGCCGCGAGGUCCCAGGAUAUUUAUUUGACGGUUGCCCAGAUAUACGAACAUCCCGUCCUAACAGACAUGAUCGGGUGCUGCGAGAACGCUGAAGAGACCGUGGAACAACCAGACCUUGAGAAAUUCAGCCUUGCCCCUCAAUCGGUACCAUUGCAUGAUACUAUACACGAAGUCUCUGACAAAUGUGGCGUUGCUGAAGAUGCCCUAUCUGAUAUUUACCCUUGCAGCCCAGUGCAGGAAGGUUUGCUUACGCUCUCAAUUCAACAUCGUGGGGCUUAUGUUGCACGGUCCAUUUAUCGACUCGCGAACAAUGUUGAUAUUGAGAAAUUCAAAACCACCUGGCAGCAGGUUGCUGACGAGUUUGAUAUCCUCCGGACUCGAAUUGUCCACGUUGAGGAUGCUGGUUUCCUCCAAGUCGUCCUGAAAAGGGAGCGGAUUUCCUGGACCCUUGAGACAACGCUUGAUGAUUCAAAUGAUGAUCCCAUGAGCAACGAUGGAGGCCUCCUGGCCAAGUACGCAAUUGUUCAACUUGGACCCUCCGUGCGUUACUUUGUUUGGACAGUCAACCAUGCCCUGUAUGACGGGUGGAACAUCCCACGCAUUUUGAAGAGGGCCGAGGACAUCUACUCUGGCUCUCCAGGCAAGAAUUUAACAGUUUCGUAUAAGCACUUUAUUCACCAUCUACUCCAGCGUGAUAUAUCGCAAUCGGACGAGUUCUGGAAAUCAUAUCUGGGCGGCCUAUGCUGUGAGCACUUUCCCGCGCAGCAAAGCAAGGAACCGAGUUCCUCUGGGGCUGCAGGCAUUCAUCUCAGAAGUCUAGAUAUUUCAAGGACAACCGGGGUUGCUGACACCACCAUUCCCGAACUAAUUCGUGCUGCAUGGGCCAUCGUGCUUUCGGUGCACACCGGGUCUGAUGACGUCUGCUUCGGUGAAACCCUAAUGGGUAGGAAUAUUGAUAUGGCAGGAGUCACGGACGUUGCAGGACCCGUGUUGACAACAGUUCCUAUGCGCAUACGAGUGGGCACCAAGCUUCCAUUGGUCCAAUAUCUGUACGAUGUGCGACAAAUGACAACAGCUAUGAUACCUCAUCAACACCACGGUCUUCAGAGGAUACAGAAACUCAGCGGGGACGCAGCACUGGCGUGCAAUUUCCAGAACCUGCUUGUGAUACAGUCUGACAGCGGCCAGCUCAACCAAAAUAUAUGGAGCUCGGAGAACCAGCAGACUCGAGGAGACUUUUUCACUCAUCCUCUCGUUGUACAAUGCCAAAUAUCCGGUUCAACGCUAAAUAUCCAAGUCCAUCACGAUGAACUGGUUCUCGACAAUUGGCAAGCAGAAAGGCUGAUAGGGCGGUUCAGCUUUGUUCUCGAGCAGCUUCUUAAGGUUCCUCGAAGCAGUUCACUCAUGGUAGGCGGCAUUGAUGUCACCAGUCCUUUGGAUAAAAAGGAUAUUGCCAAAUGGAACCAACGACAGGUGCCAUGUAUCAACAAGUGUGUCCAUGACAUUAUCCGGGAGCAUUCUCUCUCACAACCACAAGCGCCUUCCAUUUGCUCAUGGGAUGGGAACCUUAACUAUCGGGAAAUGUUUGAACUUGCCUCCUCCUUCGCGGAAUACCUGGUAUCUUCUGGAGUAGGUCCGGAAACUUUUGUCCCAAUCUGUGUGGACAAGUCUCUUUGGGCAAUAAUCACAAUACUAAGCGUCCUUCUGGCGGGAGGAGCCUUUGUUCCGCUCGACCCUUCGCAUCCGACCUCGAGGCACAAAGAGAUCCUGGAAGAGAUAGAGGCAGAUAUCAUACUCUGUUCUCCACAUUUACGCAACCGCUAUCUAGGCUCUGUUGGCACAAUUGUCCCUGUGAGCAGAGACACCAUCACGGCCUACGCUGCUGUCACAGCCAACAAGAACUCGCGCUCCAGCCUUUCGCCAUCCAAUAUGGCAUAUGCGAUAUUUACUUCAGGCAGUACAGGCCGUCCUAAAGGGAUAGUAAUUGACCACCGCGCAUUAUGCAGCAGUAUCAUGGGCUUUGCUUCUGUUAUGCAUCUGAACAAGGACUCCAGAGUAUUCCAAUUUGCGUCCCUUACCUUCGACGCGGCCAUAUUAGAGGUUCUCGGAACUCUAAUGCUGGGUGGCUGCAUCUGUGUUCCAAGUGAUGAUGAACGAUUGAACGAUAUUCCAGGAGCAAUGCAACGAAUGAAUGUCUCAUGGACGUUCUUGACGCCUUCUGUCGCCUCUAUCCUUGAACCAUCAUCUGUACCCUCCUUGAAAGUCCUUUCCUGCGGAGGGGAAGCACUAUCUCGCGAAGUGGUAAUGAAAUGGGGAAACAGACUGAAGUUCCUUGGAGGCUAUGGUCCUACUGAAACAGUCGUAUUUGCAGUUGUGAACAACGACUUUGUCAACCAUGGCUUCUCCUGUAUCGGCUAUGGAAUCCCGUGCACUUUAACUUGGAUAGUUGAUCCUGAGGACCAUCACCGACUGAUGCCUUUGGGGACGGUUGGCGAACUUGCAUUAGAAGGGCCGGCUCUUGCAAGGGAAUAUCUCAACAAUCCUACGAAGACAGCGGACACUUUUGUCAAUGAACCUGCUUGGACCAAGGACUUUCCAAGCUCAUUGUCUUCUCCUAGGAGAAUCUACAAGACUGGCGACCUUGUUAAGUAUAAUCCCGAUGGAUCGAUAGAGUAUAUUGGCCGCAAGGAUCACCAGGUCAAGCUUCAUGGACAGCGUAUGGAGCUCGGGGAGAUCGAACAUCGCUUGCUUGAAAGCCAGAAUGUUCGAAGUGCAGUUGUCAUUCUUCCUCAUACUGGUCCCCUCCGACAGAAGCUAGCUGCAGUUAUUUCUCUUAAGUCACUGGCAGGUGACUCAACCACAAUUACAACAGGAGCCUGCGAGCUGGUGAGCCAAAGGGACAUGUUGGGAGGCGGACAUCAGGAAGCCAAGGCAAUCCAAAAGAGCAUCGAAGCGCAACUGCCUCAUUACAUGGUCCCACAAGUUUGGGCAGUUGUUAAAAGCAUUCCGAUGCUUGUUUCUGGAAAAUUGGACAGGAAGAGAGUCACAAGUUGGCUUGAGCAACUUGAGGACUCCGUAUACGAUCGGAUGAUGCGGGACUACGACGAUGCGAGUCAUGACAUUAUGGAGGGGAAAGUGCAAGAAAAUGAAGAUGAAGCCCCCGCACUUCUUCGAGAGAUCUUUUCCCAGGUCUUAAAUCUACCGUUGCACAAGAUCGAUACAAGCCGUUCAUUUAUCUAUCUUGGUGGGGACAGCAUCACCGGAAUGGCGGUGGUAUCAAAAGCGCGUAAGCGUGGAUUAAAUCUACCUCUCAACCGUAUUCUCCAAAGCAAAUCCAUUGCUGAGCUUUCUACAAGCCUUGGGGCUAAGCCACGCCAAGUCAAGUCUGAGGGAGAUUCAAGCGGUGCCUUUCAACUGUCUCCAAUUCAAAAGCUAUUCUUCCGCUCAUCGCCUGCCGUACCCAAGAACAUUGGGCGGUUUAACCAGAGCAUGACUGUUAGCCUCAAGCAGAGAGUGCAACCAAGUGUACUGGAGAAUGCUUUACGGGCUGUUGUCCAAAAGCACCCCAUGCUUAGGGCACGCUUCGUCAAGUCCAAGGAAGGAGCAUGGCACCAAGUUGUUACAAACGAGAUUGAUCCAUCUUACAAAUUUCGAACUCACUCUGUCAAAAACUCCAAUGAGAUGUUAAGCGGAAUCGCAGAUACUCAAUGCUCUUUGGACGUUGAGACAGGACCUGUAUGUGCUGCAGACCUCUUCGAAAAGAACGGCCAGCAAGUUCUAUUUUUGGUAGCGAGUCAUCUGUGCGUGGAUGUCGUCUCCUGGCGCAUCGUUCUUCAGGAGCUUGAAGAUUUCGUUCGCACUGGGUCACUAUCUUCCGAUGCACCGCUUUCAUUCCAAUCCUGGUGCAAUGUACAACGUGAGAGCAGCAAAACCACCAAGUCCGUCGAAGUUCCCUGCGAAUUGCCCAACAUUGGUUACUGGGGCAUGACUCAAGUGCCCAACAACUAUGGACAAGUCAAGAUGCAAAGUUUCACUUUGGACAAACAAACCACUGCAUUUAUUUCCGGGAAAUGCCACGAAAUCCUUCGAACCGAGACAAUUGAGGUUUUGCUUACUGCUGUUCUUCAAUCGUUCAGCCGCAUCUUUACCGAUAGAAAUGCUCCCACGAUCUAUAAUGAAGGUCAUGGGCGUGAAGCUUGGGAUUCUUCUGACCCUUCUGGAACAGUUGGUUGGUUUACCACUCUAAACCCCAUACGUGCUCAAACGCGUUCAGAUCUUCUCGAAACGAUGAAGCGUGUUAAAGACACACGGCGUCAGAUUGCUGCGCUCAGUCGCACUUUCUUCGCACAGGAUGUUCUCCACAACAAUAGCAACAAAUUUCCUGUACCACUUGAGAUCCUCUUCAACUACCUCGGCAAGCUUCAGCAGCUGGAACACGAUGAAUCAAUUUUCCAGCACUACGGCGAUUUGUUCAACGCCGAGACGAUGGAUUCCGCUGGGGAUAUGGGAUCUGAGACACCGAGAUUCUCCCUCUUCGAGAUCACCGCGGUGAUAAUAAAGGAGCAACUACAUGUCUCAUUCACCUACAAUCGCACUAUGCACCACCAGGCCCGAAUCCAGGCCUGGAUGACCGAGUGUAAACGCGUUCUCGAAAUCGAUAUGCCCAACCUCAGGAACGUUACAUCGGAGCCUACACUGAGCGAUUAUCCUUUACUCCCCAUAACAUACGAUGGGUUGAAAGAUCUUACCGAGAAUACGCUUCCGAGACUUGAUAUAUCACACUGGGACCAGGUGGAAGACAUAUACCCCUGCUCUCCGAUCCAGGAGGGUAUCCUCCUCAGCCAGCUCCGUGAUCCGCACGAGUAUAUCUUCAAUGUAAUUUUUGAGAUGCGAUGCUCCCGAGAAAAGAAAAUUGAUUUAAUGAAACUGAGAAACGCUUGGUUGAUGGUUGUCUCACGUCACCCUAUCCUGAGAACAGCUUUCGUUGACAGCAGCUGCAAAGGCGAGUCCUUCGACCAAAUAGUGGUCAAGGGAGCGAGGGAGACAAUAGUGGAAAUUGAGUGUGACGAUUCGUCUGCGCUCAGCAAACUCGACACCAUCAGUCUUCGGGACUGCGACAAGUCCACAAAACUCUAUCAUCAGCUGGUCUUCUGCAGAACAUCUACUGGGAGAAUACUAGUGAAGUUUGAACUGAAUCACCUCAUUGUUGACGGUGGAUCUUUUUCAAUUCUAAUGCGGGAGCUGGCGUUAGCCUACAGAAAUCAACUUCCACCAGGAUCAGGGCCAUUAUUUAGCGACUAUAUCAAAUACCUCAGGGGAGAAUCCUCUGUCCAAGCCCUGAAAUACUGGAAGAGGCGCCUCGCCGGUGCCCGUCCGUGUCAUUUGCCAGUUGCUACGGGUAAGGACGGUGCCCACCAACUAGGUACUCGCAUGGUGCCAUUUGGUAGGUUCGCCGAGCUUCAACGUUUUUGUGAGACGAAUUCGAUCACUCUUGCAAACCUAGUACUUGCAGUAUGGGCAAUAUUCCUGCGCAGUUAUACACAUUCUGACGAUGUCUGUUUCGGAUACCCAUCCACCGGCCGUGACUUGCCCGUUUCCGGGAUCCAGGAUGCGGUGGGUAUCUUCAUCAACAACAUUUGCUGCCGAGUCAAGUUCCAGUCGGGUCAGACGCUACUCGGUCUCUCCAAGUCUGUGCAAGAAGAUCAUAUCAAUAGCCUUGCCUAUCAACACGCUUCGCUCGCAGAGAUACAACAUGCACUUGGUAGACAAGGCAAGCCUCUGUUUAACACUUGUAUCUCCAUACAAAAUCACUCAGCUGAUAAGGUUGAGAUUGCGGGAAUCGCAUAUGAAUUCCAAAAGGCGCACGAUCCUUGCGAGUACCCGCUUACUGCCAAUGUUCAGACUGCACGAGGCCAUGAGGGGAUCUUGCUGAGAUACUGGGCUAAUGCCAUCACAGAGGCAGAAGCAGCCACUUUUGCCGGUACUGUUGCGAGGAUCCUCACCUAUUUUGCGGAAGGCCCCUCCACGCCAAUUUCAAGUCUGGAGAUCGGAGUGAAAGAGAAUAUUAGGGUUACAGAGCAUCUUAUAGACCAGGACUCACUUGAAAAGAUUGUUGAUGAACGUAUCAAGGUCAUUAUCAAGCAGAUGCUCGGUGACAGCAAACUCGCAUCGUCUCUGGUCAAAACCCACGACGAAGGUCUAUCAAGAAAUAUCCGUGAUAAUAUCGAGAACUCACUUCAAAUCUCAGCUGUUGCGAGGGAAAUGACGCCUUCAGAGUCCAUGCAAACACUUACCCCAGACGACAAAGUUUCGACCACCAUCGAGAAUCAGCUUUGGAGAAUUUGGAGCAUGACAUUAGGACUGCCACCACACCCCAUAAAGUACCAAGACAGCUUCUUCAAGCUAGGUGGUGACAGCAUCACGGCCAUGAAAAUGGUUCGCGCUGCACGAGAUGAAGGAAUAAAAUUGAGCGUUGGUGAUGUGUUUCAGCACCCUGUGUUUGAAACAUUGGCAUCUUUAAUCAAUGGCAGGGCGAAGCCAGUGACAUCAAACCUCAUGGCCAAACAUGUGGAGAAUAUGGACAAUAUGAAGAACAUUCAGACUAUGGAGAAGCUGGCUGAAGAUAGGCCUAUACUACCAAGAAUCGAAUCCUCCCAGGAACUAUCCAUCUUGAGGCCGAUCGAGCUUGAUGAAACGUCCCUGCGUGCGGCAAUCUGUCCCAAGAUUGGUGUAUUCAAAGGGGGCAUAGUCGAUGUUUUGCCUGUCACAGAUUUCCAAUCUCUCUCCCUCGCAGCGACAAUGUUUGAGUCAAGAUGGAUGCUAAACUAUUUCUACCUCGAUGGAAAGGGUUCGUUGGACAUCCGGAGGUUGAGGGAAAGUUUCCUCCGCGUCGUUGACGCUUUCGACAUUCUCAGGACAGUCUUCAUAAGCUUUCAUGGACAAUUUUUCCAGGUUGUCCUGCGCAAGAUUCGUCCUGAUAUUUUUGUCCAUGAAACAGAGCAGGGUUUAGACGAAUAUACUAAGUCCUUGCAGCAGCGAGAUCGGAGCGAGCCUCCAGGGCAAGGGGUGCAAUAUGUGCAGUUUUAUGUCGUCAGAAAAGUCAACAGUGACGAACACCGAAUCCUCAUACGCAUGUCGCAUGCUCAAUUUGAUGGUGUUUGCCUAUCAAAAAUCAUGACUGCUAUUAAAAUGGCCUACGAAGGAAGCCCUGUUUCACCUUCGUCUUUCUUGGGUUAUAUGCGACUCCUACCUGGAACAAUUACACCUGAACACUACCAACACUGGAGUACUUUGCUCAAGGGGUCGAGGAUGACAGAGAUUGUGCAGCGAGACAGGCCAAAUACAUUCCAACAUAUAGGUGGCUUUGCGGAACAAAAGAAGGUUAUAGAGAUUCCCUCUACUGCAACAGAGAGUGUCACUAUCGCCACUGUAAUGCAAUCUGCAUGGGCUGUCACCCUUGCCAAAUUGUGUGCCCAGGAUGAUGUCGUCUUCGGCCUCACUGUCAGCGGAAGAAAUGCAGUUCCUGGGGUCGAAAACACCGUAGGACCAUGUCUGAACCACAUCCCUAUUAGGGUUAGGUUCAAGGAUCGCUGGACUGCACUGGACCUGUUCCGCUUCCUCCAGGACCAGCAAGUAGCGAAUAUGGCCUACGAAUCCUUGGGCUUCAGGGAGAUUGCCAGGUACUGCACAGACUGGCCAGAGUCGACGUACUUCACCACAUCCAUAUUGCACCAGAAUGUCGACUAUGAAGGGGAAAUGCAUCUUGACAACAACCCCUACAGGAUGGGUGGCGUGGGUGUCAUUGACAAUUUCACCGACCUCACACUCUUUUCUAAACCGGUAGCUGGCCAACCCAGCCAACUCACCGUUUCCCUGGGAUACUCGCUCAAAGGACCUAUGCAUCCCAGCUUCGUUUCAACAGUCCUUGAUAUGGUCUGCGACACAGCACAGAGCUUUGUCGCAAACCCCAACGUUGCACUUCCUUCUCCAUCCACGCUCCGCUCCCUACCUCCGCAGCGCGUUAAAGAUAUCCCCGCCAUCUCAGGUAGCGACAGCUACCUUCUUUCUUCAUUAAAUAACCGCAGUCUAUCAGAGAUCCUAGCACACUCUGACCUCAUUACCCGCAUCUGGCAGCAAGUCCUGCCGACCAAAUCAAGUGCGAGCAAACCACAAACACCAUUCCAGCUCGACUCCUCUUUUUUCAGACUUGGCGGAGACAUUGUGAGCAUGGCACAGGUUGUUUGGAUCCUAGAGCAAGAAACUGGCCUGCAUAUCCGCCUUGAAGACCUUCUGGCACACUCGACGUUCCUUGGCCAUAUGGCCGUACUGGCUUUCAAUCUCGCUGGCCCUGAUGCGGGAUCCGAGAACUCUUCAGACGUCGCGCCAGCCUAUGUCCCUGCCGAUGUGUCGAAGACAAUGUCCCUUCCGGCACAGGAAGUAUUGCCCAUUAUUCCUGUUAAGGGCGAAUGGAGUGCCCUGGACAGGGCUAGACUUUUAGCGAAGAAAAUCACCAAGCUUGGUGGCUUGUCUGCGCGUGCGUGA